AGGGGUUCCGGCCCAGCUGUCUCAGGUUUAACAUAACUUUUACCACGGUCAACUAGUUCAAGAAACGGUCGUUCAUUGUGGUAAACAAUAGAUUAUUCGGAAUUGAUUGGGAACAUUGCAAUAAGCAAAUACUCUCACUUCAGGCUGACGAGAGAUAUUGUUCUUGAAGAUGAGGGGAAGUAUUAAGUCUACCGAUGAAGAAACCACCCGACCGCACUCUGGAGCCGUCCUAAUGGAGUCUCAAUCUCCCUGCGACGUUCUGCCAGUCAGCUCCCUGAACCUGCAGCGACCCACGGAGGUCCCCAGAUUAACUUCCAUUGGUUCCGGGCAGAGUGAAGUGGAGUCCCAACCGCAGACUCUGCAAGUGUACCUGAGAGUUCGCCCCUUCUUCAAAGAGGAACUCUCUGAUAAGGAGGAUCAGGGAUGUGUAGUGAUUGAGGACAGCCAGGUGGUGAAGCUGCACGCACCCAAGGGAUCAGCCACCCUGAAGAGCAGCGAGAGGGGCAUUGGUGUGGCGGUCCACAAAUUCUCCUUCACUCAGAUAUUUGGAGAGGACACGUCACAAAAUGACCUUUAUGUGGACACGGUAGAGAGCCAAGUGUCUGAUUACCUGGCUGGGCAGAAUGCAUUGAUAUUCAGCUAUGGUGUGACGAAUGCUGGGAAAACGUACACAAUCCAAGGAACUGCCAAAGAUCCAGGGAUCUUACCACGAGUGCUAGGCACUACCUUCCAGCACAUUGGACGCUGUCAGUAUGGGGGAAUGGACCUCAAGCCCUACCUGGCCACAGACGCUCAGUGUCUGGGCCCCGAACAAGUGAAGCUGGAGAUGAACGCGAGGGCUGCCAUUUUUGCAACGGACAGAGAACCACUAAAGCCAGAUGGAGUCUCCGCAGGCUGCCUUCCUCCUGCCGGUCAAUCGUCCACAACCACCGAUGAUGACGCAGCAUCGAUGGAGAGCGGCUCCACCGAGACUGGGGACUUCACGUUCACCUUAUGGGUGGCCUGCUAUGAGAUCUACAAUGAGAGUGUUUACGACCUGCUUCAGACCACCUCGGGACCCAAGUCUAAGAAGCGGGCCACUCUGCGUGUGUGUGAGGACCGUGCUGGGAGUGCCUACGUCAGAGAUCUAAAGUGGAUCAACAUUCACAGCCUGGAGGAAGCCAAUGCACUUCUACAGUUUGGAAACAAAAAUCGUAGCGCCGCCUCAACCAAGAUGAAUCAAUCUUCAAGCAGAAGCCACAGCAUUUUUACCAUGAAACUUCUCAAGAUCAACGGUAACAGGGUGGAAAGGAUCUCUGAGUUCUCUUUGUGUGAUUUGGCCGGCUCUGAAAGAUGCAAUAAAACCAAGACACUCGGGGAGAGGCUGAAGGAAGCUGGAAACAUUAACAACUCCUUGCUUAUUCUGGGGAAAUGCAUUACAGCCCUGCGCAACAAAAAUCUGACUGACAACAGGACAAGGAGUUGCUGCAUUCCUUUCCGAGAGAGCAAACUCACAAAGCUUUUCCAGGGCUUUUUCUGUGGAAAGGGAAAAGCGUCCAUGAUUGUCAACAUCAACCAGUGUGCCUCUAACUACGACGAGACACUGCAUGUUAUGAAGUUCUCUGCCGUCGCCAAACAGGUGGUCCAUGUGAUUCCUGCCAUAUCCCUGGAGUCUCGGUCUCCGUGCCUGCUGGACCGUCAUGGCAACCCCCUGCUGAGGACCACGGGGACGGACAGCCCAGUGCCGGACGGCUACGUCUCUGAGGAGGAGCUGCUGGAUGAAGAGGACGAUGCAGAUGUUUCCAUCCUGCCCCAGGAGGACCUGCUCACUGUGAUUGAGAACCUCAGAAGCAAGCUUCUGGCCGAGAGGAGGAAGAACAUGGUUCAGGAGAUGGCGAUCCGUAAGGAAAUGGGAGAUGCAAUGCUGCAGCAGCUGAUGGAAAGCGAGGAGCUCCUCAGUCAACAGAUGGUGGAGCUGAAGGAGACUCACGAUGACAAGCUGGAGAACACUUUUGAGAUGUACAAAGAGGCCUUCAAGGAGCAUGCGUAUCAGUGUGCUUUGGGCAGAAUCGGAGAAGACUUUGUGCCCGUCCAGGAAUUUAUUGCGGAGGAAGAGAAAGUUGAGGCCCUGAGGAGAAAGCUCUCAGAGUUGGAGAACCUAGUGUCUUCCCUCAAGCCGUCAACACGGAUGUCCACGACGGACCAGUCCAGCCAGACUGUGGAAGUUCCAUUACCAAAUAAAGGAACUGAAGCUGGAAGCGAAGCACGAUACAAAAGGGUCUUCACAGAAAAAUGUGCAGUGGAGAAAAUGUGUGCGGAAAAACAGGAGCUGAUCAUGGCUCUUGAAAAGCGGCUGGUGGGCCUGAAUGAAACUCUGAGGACGGUCCACGCCGACUACAUGGACAAAUCAGCUGAGCUGGAGUUCCUACGGAGCAAGUCUGAAGACCAGACUAAAUCCAUCGAUGACCUCUUGAGAGAAAAUGUUGACAAGGACAGUGAGAUUGCCUUGCUGAAGGAAGAGGUGUUCAAACUGUCCCAGAGGUCCCCUGUGAAGACCAAGCCCAAACGUGGCCUGCUUGCUAACAUCAGGGACUCUGUCUCAUCUCCACGCUCCACUGUCAUUGGCCGAACACUCAGGAAGAACGUCAGGGCGACGCCUACCGUUGGAGGGAAACCGAGCAGCUAGAAGAGCUAGAGUAUUAAAAGUAAAGUGAAUGUAUUUCUUUUUAUGUGAAUUUGUUUUUAGUACUGUUUUUAAUCUUUUUUUUUUUUUUUAAUAAAUGUUUUAUUGAAGACGAACUAAGCUUUGAUUGGGUUCACGUGACUAUGAAGGUUGGCCUGACUCGCACUUGGUAGAUGAUGCACAUUCUUUUUCACUACAGGGUGGGUACCUGAGGUUUACGGCACAAAGUGGUGGAUAUAACGUCAUUGAAUAUUUUUUUCCGGCUUGCAUUACAUUUUGCAAUGGAAUUUGCAUUAAAUAAGAACUUGCAUAUUCACAUGAA